AUGCUAGCACCAUAUGUGCGCAUUGGGCAAGCAUCUGCUGCUUCACAAGGAUUGUUUGGACGAAUGCAACAUGCUUAUGCAGCUUUACCUAGCAGUGUGUUCGAGGUUGAAAGGCCGGGGUGUCGGUUCUCGGUUCAGCAAAGGAUUGCAACAUACUUCUACAAGGGUCUUAUGUAUGGAGCUGUUGGUGUUGGGUGUGGUCUGGUUGGACAAGGCAUUCCGAACUUUAUCAUGACUACUAAACGGAGCAUUAAGAAAUCAGAAGAAGAUAUCCCUGUGCCGCCUCUAAUCAAAAGUGCAGCUCUUUGGGGUGUAUUUCUGGCAGUUUCAUCCAAUACCCGGUACCAGGUUGUAAACUUACUGGAACGGCUGGUUGAGACAUCCCCUGUUGGAAAGCGAGUCCCUCCAGUUGCAUUGGCAUUUACUGUUGGUGUUCGAUUUGCAAACAAUGUUUAUGCAGGCAUGCAGUUUGUGGAUUGGGCAAGGUGGAGUGGCUGUCAAUGA